AGGGUAGCAACGUAGUCCUCUUGAAGACACCACGUAUAUCCAACAAACCAAAAUAUUGAACUCCUAUUUUCAGGAAAAAACCAAGCAAGUCUUAUAAUACUAGUAGUAGCAAGCAAGCAAAAUUGAUGCAACUCUGAUUCUCAGCAGACAUUAAGUUAAAUCAUGAAAUAAUGGCGGUGGGAAGAGGUGGGAGAAGUCUUAUGGGACCAUUCUUGGUCAUAAACUUAGUAGUUUAUUUAAUUGUACUAGGACUUGCUGGCUGGUCACUUGACAAAUACAUUGAUGGCGAACAAAAUCAUCCUCAUUUAGGUGGGAACCCAUCGACAAGUUUUUUGUUGAUGUUUGCAUUGAUUGCUGGUGUAAUAGGUGCUUCCUCUAUGCUACCUGGGUUUGUUCAUCUCCACAAAUGGACUAGUCAAAGUUUGGCUACUGCUGCUUCUUCUGCGAUCAUCUCUUGGAUUAUGACUGCUCUUGCUUUUGGUCUUGUUUGCAAGCAGAUAAUAAUGGGAGGUCACAGAGGAAAACGUCUGCAAACUUUGGAAGCGUUGAUCACUAUAGCUAUGGUGAGUCAGUUACUCUAUAUACUGUUGUUGCACGCUGGGAUCUGUCGCAGCAGCUACGGCCCUGUUUAUGGUUCCUAUGGGCCUCAGCACUAGCUUGCUCAAGUCAGCUUCCUUGGUCCAGCUUAGGAAUUGCUCCCUCGAUGAUUAAAAUGCCAAUAUUGUUUACACCAUCAGUCCAUAUAAGUUAAAAGUACGUGUGCAGAACCACCGUUAAUCCGGUCUCUGGAUGAACUGUUUAGAAUGUUACUAUGCGGAUUAGACACAAACUUGCACAUUGUAUAUUCAAUUAUCUCAGGGAAACUUGUACUUUGUAUGCCCAAUAAUAGAAGUAACAUAUGCUUGGAUUUCAAGUUUUUUUGCUUCAAUGGAGUGGUUUAAUCACUUA